UGCCUUGCUCUCUAUCUCUUUUUCCCUCUCAGGUUGGGCUCCCUCUUGACAUGUGCUCGCGCUGAGAAGAUUGUGCGAGAGAGAGAGAGAGGUGGUCACUACUCCAAGGACGACGUUGACAGCACAUCGAUAUGCGGACUGCAACCGUGACUCUGCUGCUUACGAGCGCCUCUGCUAUACUAGCGGCGACAACUCCACAACAAUGCUACUUCCCUGACGGAUCAGAAUCCACUCACACUCCGUGCAAUGCGACAGCCGCUGCCGCCAAGGGAGGCUUUUCAGCGUGUUGCUCGGAUACCUCAUACUGCAUGGACAAUGGCCUAUGUCUGGAAGCAGGAAUCUUGACGAGGAUGAGUUGUACGGACAAGACAUUUGCAGACACAACUUGCCCCCAAUACUGUAACACAGACAACAUGGGCGAUCCGUACGAACUCACGCCAUGUACAGCCACGACAUUCACUUGUGGUCUCUCGCCAGCCAACUGCAGCGUCGCCACCACAGUAUUUCCCGUCACGGACCUCAAAAACAUCGUACUCCAAGCCGAUCAACUAGUUACCGCCAUGUCAGCCGCAGGCAUAGCGACAGCAUCCGUAGAUCCCACGGUAUCCCCGACAGAGACCGUGCCCGUUCUCACAGUGACGGCGACAGGAGAUCUCAAACCAGCCAAUCCUGCCUUGCAAUACACAACAGGCCAAUUAGUCGGCGUCGGAGCCGGAGUGGGCAUCCCCAUGGCAUUGGCAAUUGGCGUCUUAUCAUUCUUCCUCCUUCGAGAAAAGAAGAAGCAUAAGAUUAGCGAAAUCAACGAAGGUGGAUUCCGACCCGCACCUCCCACCAUGGAAACGAGAGACGGGAACAGUUGGUCGGCUUGGUCCGAGACGACCAAAGUGGGAGGGACUUCUGAUUAUGGACGACGACCGUCGAAAUCGAAUACGCACCAUCUUCAGGAUCUUGAUGGUGAAGGUCGCGAUCGUAAUCAGUUCUCUGCGCAGCACUCUAGUAAUGCGCCCGACGGAACUUGGAGGAGUAAUGAUAAUAUGAUAUGAUAUGGUAUGACACGAUAGGAAAGAAGUAAUUUGAAGCAAUUUUCGAUUCGACGAGGCAGCUCCUAGUACAUUUCGGACUUGUUCUUGUCAUCAUCAUCAUCAUCACCAUCACCAUCACCAUCAAUAUCAUUAAUUCCUCGACACCAUUCGUCCUGGCCUGCAUCUUCCUGCUCCGCCUCGCCCCAGCCUCGACUUCAACGCUUCCAUGAAUAAUAACAAUAACGACACGACCAACUACCACCGCCACCGCCCCCGCCACCAAACGACGCACCAUGUCAUGGAAUGGAAAACCUGUUCAGAGAAAAUUCCCACCACCACGA